AUGUCUUCUGUAGCAAUAGCAAUCUAUGCUUUCCUUCUUUUCACUUUCAUAUACACAGUCUUCUUGCAUAGAAAACAACGAAAAGUUGGUCAUAAAAAGCCACCGGGUCCGCCAGCACUGCCAAUGGUCGGGAACCUCCACAUGUUGGGUACCCUUCCACAUCGCACCCUUCAGUCCCUAUCCAAAAAGUAUGGUCCCAUCAUGUCCUUGCAACUGGGAAAUGUCCCGGCCAUCGUGGUUUCCUCCUCUGAGGCUGCUGAGUUAUUCCUCAAGACCCACGACACCGUUUUUGCAAGCAGGCCAAAGAUUCAAGCUUCUGAGGUCUUAUCAUACGGCUCCAAGGGCUUGGCGUUUUCUGAAUAUGGUCCAUACUGGCGCAGCGUGAGGAAACUUUGCACUCUGCAACUUCUUACCGCAUCCAAAGUUGAGCUCUGUGCUCCUAUUAGGAGGGAGGAGCUAUGUCUAGUGGUCAAGUCACUGGAGAAAGAUGCGGCAGCGGGUCGGGUUGUGAACCUUAGCGAGGUUGUAGAGAACCUUGUAGAGGAUAUGGUGUAUAAGAUGAUGCUGGGUCGCACUAAAUAUGAUCAAUUUGACUUGAAGAGGUUAGUUCAAAAAGCAACCAAAUUGGUCGGAUCUUUCAAUAUUGCGGAUUAUGUACCUUGGCUUGGCGUAUUCGAUCUUCAGGGAAUAACACGGAACCUCAAGGAAACCAGUAAAGCAAUUGAUGAGGUGCUGGAGAAGGUAAUAAAAGAGCAUGAACUUGAUGCUAACGUAGACAAAAGGCAUCGUAGGGACUUCGUUGACAUACUACUCUCAAAGAUGCACCAACCCAUGGAUCCCCAGAGCGAACAGAGCCAUGUCAUAAUUAAUAGAACUAACGUCAAGGCUAUUCUACUAGAUAUGAUUGUGGGGGCAAUUGAAACAUCUGCUACCGUGGUUGAGUGGGCUUUAUCAGAACUUUUGAGGCAUCCAAGGGUGAUGAAGGUCCUUCAAGAUGAGAUAGAGCAUCAAGUUGGAAUUGGGAGAAUGGUGGAAGAGACGGAUUUGAUGACUUUGAGUUACUUGGAUAUGGUGGUGAAUGAGACCUUAAGACUGUAUCCUGUUGGACCAUUAUUGAUCCCUCGGGAAUCCAGAGAGAGCAUUACUAUUGGUGAUUAUUAUAUAAAGAAAAAGUCACGAGUCAUAAUAAAUGCGUGGACCAUAGGGAGGGAUCCGAAGGUGUGGUCAGAUAAUGCUGAAACAUUUUAUCCGGAGAGAUUUAUGAAAAAGAAAGUAGAACAUCAAGGACAAAACUGUCAUUUUGUUCCAUUUGGUUCUGGUCGUAGAGGUUGCCCUGGGAUGCAACUUGGAUUGAUUACAGUUAAACUGGUCAUGGCUCAAUUGGUGCAUUGCUUUAAUUGGGAACUUCCAUGUAACGUUACUCCGGAUAACUUAAAUAUGCAGGAAAAAUUUGGGCUCUCAAUACCAAGAGCUCAGCAGUUGCAGGCAAUACCUAGUUAUCGUUUAGCUAAUGAUCGGAGACAUCCACCGGGUCCACCGGGUUUGCCGGUUAUCGGUAACCUCCACAUGUUGUUGGGGAAGCUCCCACACCGCACCCUUGAAGCCAUGGCCAAAACGUAUGGACCCAUAAUGUCUCUGCGUCUAGGACAGGUCCCAACCAUUAUUGUUUCAUCCUCUGAAGCCGUAGAGCAAUUCAUCAAGACACACGACGCCGUUUUCGCUAGCCGUCCCAGACUUGAAGUCUGCAAGUACUUCGGUUAUGGCUCGAAGGGUUUGGUUUUCUCGGAGUACGGUGCGUACUGGCGUAACAUGAGGAAAGUGUGUACCUCACAACUUCUGAGCGCGUCUAAAGUUCAAUCCUUUGCGCCUUUGAGGAAGAGGGAGAUAGAACUAGCGGUGAAUUCACUCGAGAAAGCCGCGAUGGUGGGUGAAGUCGUUGACCUUAGCGAGGUGAUACUGAAUCUUUUACAGGAUAUUGUGUAUAAAAUGGUGUUGGGAUCUAGUAAGCAUGAUGAGUUUGAUUUGAAGGGGCUAAUUCAACAGGGUAUGAGCCUUACUGGAGCGUUUAAUCUAGCAGAUUAUGUGCCUUGGCUUGGUGCUUUGGAUCUUCAGGGAUUGACACGAGGCUUCAAGAAAACUAGUAAAGCACUUGACCAAUUGUUGGAGAAGAUAAUUAAGGAGCAUGAACAGGGAUCAGAUGUCCAUAAAGACUUCAUAGACGUAUUACUCUCGUUGAUGCACCGACCCAUCGAUCCCUCUGAUGAACAAAACCAUGUCAUUGAUCGAACCAACAUUAAAGCUAUAGUCUUAGAUAUGAUUGCUGCGGCAUUUGAAACUUCAGCAACUGUUGUGGAGUGGGCUUUUUCCGAGCUCCUAAAGCAUCCAAGAGUGAUGAAAAACCUUCAAGAGGAGCUAGAUAAUGUGGUUGGAAUGAAAAAACUAGUGGAGGAGAAUGAUCUAGCAAAAUUGAGUUACUUGGAUAUUGUGAUCAAGGAGACCUUAAGAUUAUAUCCUCCUGGACCAUUAGUACCUCGCGAGUCAACAGAGGAUGCUAUGAUUAAUGGUUAUUUCCUAGAGAAAAAUUCAAGAAUCAUUAUAAAUUUAUGGGCAAUAGGAAGAGAUACUAAGAUAUGGUCUAAUAACGCUGAAGUAUUUUGUCCAGAGAGAUUUAUCGAUAAGAAUUUAGAUUUUCGAGGACUUGACUUCCAAUUUAUACCAUUUGGUUCUGGUCGCAGAGGAUGCCCUGGAAUACACUUGGGUCUAAUUACGGUUAAACUUGGUGUGGCUCAAUUAGCACAUUGCUUUAGUUGGGAACUUCCACCGACCAUCACUCCAGAUGACUUGGACAUGAGCGAGAAAUUUGGCCUCACAAUACCAAGAGCCGAGCACUUACUUGCCGUGCCAAAGUAUCGUCUUUGAGGAACCACGAAUCAAUUUGAUUUUAGGUUCGAGGCCAAGUACCGUAUGGUUGUGAACUAUAAUUUCAUUACACCAUGUACAAGACACUUGUAAUAACAUAUUAUUGUAUUAUAUAUGAUUGAGCUCUGAAUUUUAU